GGCCCCAGAUGUGAAGGCUCGCAGCCGGCCGGAGCAUGGGCCGCCCCAGCUGUGUGCGGGGCGGAGGGGGAGUGCGCACACCCCGCCUGUCCGCUGGGCAGCCCCGCGCCGCCGCCCGCCCGCCCCGCAGGCGCCCCCGCCUCCAGCUGUGGCCCUGCUGUUCCAGCUGUGCUCUGCUUCCGGGAACCCACCCUUCUGCGAUCGCCGUGGCGAAAUUGGAGAGAAGGGGAAAAAAAAGGCUUUAAAAAUGUCUCCUGCCCCUUUAAGGCCUGCCCGCUUCCUUUUCCUUCUCCUUCCUCCUCCCCUCUCCCUUGGUCCGUAACAAAGCACAGAAGGAGGAGGGGGAGCAAAGAACCAUCGAGUCCGAGCCGAGGAAGAAGCUGAAAAAGAGAGAGCAAAAGAGAAGGAUGACUAGACAAAACAGUCUAGUUUCCUUUUUACCGGAGAUGUGACUUCCUAGAGACGAAGAUGAGGAAAGAUUCCGCCCGCCUGUCUGUUUGCAUCCCCGAGAAGCGAGGUUCUUUGGUACAGUCCACAUGGUUUCUUCCCCGCCCCCUAACUUUCUGGCCUCAUUUGCUCUCGCUGGCUCCAGGCUACCAAAGGACGGCUAGAGAGGCUGGGGAGAGAGAGAGAGAGAAAGAGACACCUAGGGCCGGGUUGCUUCUUGCUCGCCCCCUAGUGGCCGGAGGAUUCGGUUCCAGGGUCCACCCUAAGUGACCUUCCCAGGCUUCGGAAGCGUCUGGCGCUUGGGGUCGUCGCCCCCAAAGAGAGACCUAGAAGGCGGUGGAGGACAGGCCGGAGGAGCGAUCGGGGAAUGCCGGGAAAAUGCCUCCCUCCCACCGCCUUCGGUUCUAGAACCCUAAUACAGCCCCCAGCAACGGGGCUGCCGGAACCGCCACCGACAGCAAGGGGGAUGGCAUCUACUCCUACCAGGAAUGAGGAGGAAAAGGGCAGCCGGCUUUCCCCAGCUACAUCCUCCGUGGGUGGAGGUUUGAAGGUUUCCUUAUCUCGUUCUGAGGAAUUCCUGGCCCAGAUCAGCAAAGAACUCACCGAUGAGGCCUUGUUUAUCGCCGGUUACCACACAAGCCCCACAUCCACCAAGGAAAAGCAGACACAAGACCAAGGGACUCAGAUAUCCAAACACGUGUUCAUCACCAGGACCCGAGGCACAGAUGCCUGCUCUGACAGAAACCGCACUCGCACCAAGGCACACCUCCUGCCAUCCCCUCGUGAGAAGGGCGCUCUGCCAAGCAACUUGACAUCUGGAGGAGGAUGAUCGCAACUCGCUUUGGUGCUGCUCUUGGCCUCUUAUGCACCCCCCCAUUUUGUCCCUGAAAGCAUGCCUCAAAGCUCCUCUUUUACACCUUAGUUUUGGAGGGACUACUGACUAUGAGCAGCAUCACCCUUGAAAACCCCAGAAUGUUCCAGAACCAUCCUACAGCUCUCCACCCUCAAUCAACAAGGACACUACCAGGAAUCAAAGACUUUAAUAAAGAGCCAGGGAUCCUCUCCUCCCCCCAACU